GUAACACGCGCCUAUACAGCGUUAAAAAUGUAUUUUUGCACUCCCCGUAAUUAAUAGUUGAUUUUUUAAAACUUUAAUUAAGAUCCUUAUAUUGAUACAUGUGACUUAGGCAAACUAUAGCCCUUCAGACUCAGAGACCGCAGAAGACUGUGAAAAACUAAAACUACUCAAGAUCUCAAAUUCCCAAUGGAUGGAUAUAGUCAUAAUGUUAGUGGACAGAUUUACAUUUUAGACCCCUACUAACAAGCUGAUGUCAGUGCAUGACACAAAAACUGACUUUAGCAAGCAACAUUAGCCACCCUGAGCGAACAUCUACUACACAAUGCUGAGGAUAAAGACACUGCCUCCACUCCAGCCACACAUAUCAUGUUGGCCUUUGGUCCUGCAGAGAUUUCAUCAGCUAGCCUCCAUCAAACAUGCCUGUCUGCUCCCUGAGAGGAGGCGUCAGGGUCUUCUGUACCCUUUCAGUGGUCUGGAGGAGCACCUGGCCCCACAGGUCGCUCAGGAACAAUUCAAAAUCUUCCAUCCCAGCUUGGAUGACCUCCGUCGCGCAGAGACACUGUUCACUCCCUCCAUUAAACAUCACAUUGAUUACUCAACUUCUGCGGUCCGGAUGGACCAUAUACCUGUGCUUAAGCAGCCAGAGGUGUGUUUUCUGGGCAGGAGUAAUGUGGGAAAAUCUUCUCUCAUCCGCGCCUUGUUCUCUCUUGCUCCAGAGGUAGACGUGCGGGUCUCUAAAACUCCGGGCCAUACCAAAAAGCUGAAUUUCUUCACUGUGGGAAAGGCGUUUACUCUAGUGGACAUGCCGGGGUAUGGACAUAAGGCCCCACAGGACUUUGUAGAGAUGGUGGAACCGUACCUUCAAGAGCGUCAAAAUCUGGUGACAACAUUCUUACUGCUGGAUGGUGGAGCAGGCCUCCAGAAGGCAGAUUUAGUUGCCAUUGAGAUGUGUGAUGAAUUCAGCUUGCCUUAUGUGCUGGUGGUGACUAAAAUAGACAGAACCCGACAGGGCGCUUUGUUGGCCUUUAUGCUACAGCUGCGAGACUUCAUCAAAAAUCAGACCAGCAUGUGUUUCCCGCAGCCAUUUCUAGUGAGUUCAGUCCAGUUCUCUGGGAUUUACCUCCUCAGAUGUUUCAUAGCACAUGUAACAGGAAAUCUACAGCUUACUGCUAAACAGAUUUGAGCGUACUGCACUGCCUCUAUCUGGAGCCACACAGAUGUACAUGGGAUCAGGACACAAUGUUAUCUGGGAUGGUGUGACAGUUUUAGAAAGACUGAUUUAAAAUGGUUCCAUGGCUUACUUGCAUGAUUUUGCACUCACCAGCAUGUAUACUUUUGAGUUACAGCAAUGAAAGGUAUGUAUUAUUACUUUCAAAUGCAGAGACUGGAAUCUCAGCAAUAUUUUUUGAAUGGGACAUACCCAGAUCAUAAGUUCAUGUCCAUUUAUGUAAAGACGAAAAUAAUAUUUGUUCUUCCAAAUAAAAUGGUAGAAAAUCUUGCACUGAAUCAGUUGUGAGUGAUCAAUGUAGAGAUAGAUAGAUAGUUCAACUUUUGUCUUCCAGUAAAAAGUGUCACUUUUAAGGUGUCUGCAAAAUGCCAAUUACAAAUAUUUGUCAAUUAAUUAUUAGAUUAGUUAUGCCUACACUGAUGAGUCAAAACAUUAUGACCACUCGCAGGUGAAGUGAAUAACGUUAAUCAUCUCCUAACAAGGCCACAUGUCAAUUUUUGUCUUCCAGUAAAAAGUGUCACUUUUAAGGUGUCUGCAAAAUGACUACUUGCCAAUUAAUUAUUAGAUUGGUUAUACCUACACUGAUGAGUCAAAACAUUAUGACCACUCGCAGGUGAAGUGAAUAACGAUGAUCAUCUCCUAACAAGGCCACAUGUCAAGGUCUGGGUAGAUUAGAUGUUAAGCGAACAGUCAGUUCUCGUAGUCAACAUGUUGAAUGCAGGAGAAAUGGGCAGGGGUAAAGACCUUUGACAAUGGCCAAAUUGUUAUGGCUGGACUACUGGGUCAGAGCAUCUCUGAAACGCAAGGCUUGUUGGAGGCUCCCAGUCAGCAGUGGUGAGUACCUACCAACAGUGGUCCAAGGAGGGGCAAAACAUCGAUGUCUGGCGCCGAUCGAUGCAUGAGGGCAACGAAGGCUAUACCAUCUGGUCCGAACCAACUGAAGGUCUACUGAUUCACAAAUCACAGAAAACUUGAAUGAUGCUUACAGGAGCAGUGUGGCACAACAAACUGCAUCUCACCUUGCUGCGUUUGGGGCUGCGUAGCCGCAGCCUGGUCAGAGUGCCAAUGAUGAUCCCUGCUCGCUGUUGAAUGUGCCUACAAUGUGCACAUGAGCAUCGGAACUGGAUCUUGGAGCAGUGGAAGAAGGUCAACUGGUCCAAUGGGUCCUGUUUUUGUUUUUUUUACAUCACAUGGAUUGCCGUGUACAUGUGCACCAUUUACCUGGGGAAGUGAUGGCACCAGGAUGCACUGUGGGAAGAUGACAAGCCGGUGGAGGCAGUGUGAUGCUCUUGGCAAUGUUCUGCUGGGAAAGCCUGGGUUCAGCCAUUCAUGUGGAUGUCAGUUUGACAUGUUCCACCUACCCAAAUAUUGUUACUGACCGGGUACACUUCAUGGCAAUGGUAUUCCCUGAUGGCAGUGGCCUCUUUCAGCAGGAUGAUGCUUCCUGCCACACUGCACACAUUGAUCGGGAAUGGUUUGAGGAACAUGAUGAGUUUAAGUCCAAAUUCCCCAGAUCUCAAUCCGAUUGACCAUCUUUGGGAUGUGCUGGACCAAGAUAUCCGAUCCAUGGCAGCUCCAUCUCGCAACUUACAGGACUUGAAGGAUCUGCUGCUAAUGUCUUGGUGCCAGAUAUUACAGGACAACUUCAGGGGUCUUGUUGAGUUCAUGCCUCUGUGGGUCGGUGCUGUUUUGGUGGCACACAGAGCACCAACAGCAUAAUAGGCAUUUUGGCUCAUACCUAAUGUUUGGUGUAUACUUAAUGUUAAAGUCAGUAAAUGGGUAACAGAUGGUGUUUUCUCACUGCAACUUGUUAACAUUUUGUCAUUUUUGACCCUGGUUAAACAUAAUCCUUUUACCUUGUUCUAUGUUCAUACUUCACCUUGAGUUAGUAAUUCAUUCUGAGUCAUGUUUUACACAUGCAUUUGUACAACACUGAGUUAAUGUUCUUAUUUGUAAAUUGUAUU